UCGCGGUGCAUUGUGGGCUCGGCUCUAGCGCCGCUCGCACCCGAGCCGCUCUCCGCGUCGCCUGCUCCGCGCUAUGUCCUCGAACUCUCCCGUGAAGCGGCCCCGGAUGGAGUCGGCGCUCGAGCAGCUGCGUCGCUUCACCACCGUGGUGGCAGACACGGGCGACUUCCGCGCCAUCGAUGAAUAUAAGCCUCAGGAUGCCACCACCAAUCCCUCCCUGAUCCUGGCUGCUGCCCAGAUGCCAGCCUACCAGGACCUGGUAGAAGAUGCCAUUGCAUAUGGAAAAAAGCUCGGGGGGUCUCAGGAAAAGCAGAUCCAGAAUGCCAGCGACAAGCUGUUUGUGUUGUUUGGGGCCGAGAUUCUGAAGAAGAUUCCUGGCCGGGUGUCCACAGAAGUCGAUGCCAGGCUGUCCUUUGACAAGGAAGAAAUGGUCCAAAGGGCCCUUCGCCUCAUUGACCUCUACAAAGAAGCCGGCAUCAGCAAGGAGCGAGUUCUCAUCAAGUUGUCCUCCACCUGGGAGGGGAUUCAGGCCGGGAAGAUCCUGGAGGAGCAGCAUGGCGUCCACUGCAACAUGACCCUGCUGUUCUCCUUUGCUCAGGCCGUGGCCUGUGCCGAGGCUGGCGUGACCCUCAUCUCCCCAUUUGUCGGGCGCAUCUUAGACUGGCACGUGGCAAACACAGACAAGAAGUCCUAUGAGCCCCACGAGGACCCAGGCGUAAAGAGCGUCACCAAAAUCUACAACUACUACAAGAAGUUUGGCUACAAAACCAUUGUGAUGGGAGCGUCCUUCCGCAACGUGGGGGAGAUCAAGGCCCUUACCGGCUGUGACUAUCUCACCAUCUCCCCCAAGCUCCUGGGGGAGCUGCUCAAAGAGAACACCAAGCUCAGUCCAGUGCUCAGCGUCCAAGAAGCCCAGGCCAGCAGCCUAGAGAAGGUUCACCUGGACGAGAAGGCCUUCCGCUGGGAGCACAACCAGGACCAGAUGGCGGUGGAGAAGCUGUCUGACGGGAUCCGCAAGUUUGCUGCGGAUGCCGUGAAGCUAGAGAGGAUGCUGCAGGAACGGAUGUUCGGCUCUGAAAAUGGAAACUGAGGGCGAGGGCCUUGUGGCCGGGUGGGCCGGAGCGGGGGCGUCUGGGCUGAGCUGGCCAAGGGGCCGGCGUCCACACGGAUGGGCGCAGCUGCCUGCAAUGAGGCUUGACUAGAGUUUUCAGAGAGAUUUUUAUGUCAGACUUUGCCUAACGCAUUAAAAUGAUCACUCACCUGGG